AUGGGCGGUAAGAUAAUAUCCAAACCACGAGACACCGACCAGAAUCACCGAGCAUCGAAGCUAGCUGUAGAUUCAGCGCGUCAUCCCGGCCAUUUCUCCAUCUCACUCCUUGGUGUUACUUUGUUGCUUACGGGACGUGGUGGCCAACGAAAACGUAGAAGCCUCCGCCGUCAGGGUCACGAGGCCGACCGGGCCGCAUGGCUUGGAUGCUCGGCUAGGUGCUGCCUCUUCAGAUCUGAUGCUGAGUUCUGUCCCUUGAGUCGCUCACGGGAAUGCCAUGACAAUGAGCAUGCCAUGUUUUACGCGACGACCUUCGUCCUGUCCCUCAAGCGGAGUGAUGCCAGAUUCCAGGGAGCACGAGUGGCCAUGGAUAAGCGACAGAAUGACGUCUCAGCAGACACUUCCGCAUUAAUUGCGCUCCGUGACCCGUAUGCUCUUUUUGGAGCUACCUUCCGACAUCGUCAUUUCGGCUCUCUCAAACUCGCGGAUUUCUCCAAAUUCUCUGGCACUGACUGGAGAUCAAAAGUCGCUAUUAGCAAACACGACGCGAGGCUUGAUAAGACUGGUCCAGACGCAUUCAGAAUGACAAUGAGCGAUAAAACUGGAGCACAAGAACUCGUCGACGUGGUCAUCUGGUGCGCAGACGAACAGCCUACAGACAACGGAUUCCACGAGUUCGGCCUCGCUGGAAAAUUACCCAAGAACAUCUUCGACUGCGACCUUCCGGGUGUGUGGACCCACAGCACGACAUCGGAAACACUGGGGGUUCCUGUGAAGUUCUACGGCAUACGCAGCUCGAGCUUCGAAGAAUCGGUGUGUCGACAGAAUGGGCUCACCAGGUGGCUCAGUUUGCGCUGUGAUAGCCCAGAUCCGAAAAUUCUUGGUCAAUUUUACCCUGGUCAGGAUGGCGGACCGCUUCAGGUGCAGCACAUCGAGAUUUUGCACGCGUUCUCAGUCAAAAAUGCGGACCUCAUGCUUUUCCAGGGCGUUGUGCGGAUGGUGUCGCAGGGACAAGAGGGAGGACAGGACGGGUUUGGUAUGGUGUGGGAAAUGCAGACCGACAAGAUUGUUCAAGGCACAAGAGAUUCUUGGCGAGGCAUCGAGGGAGCUCCAGAACACAUCGCUCUCAGCCUACCGCAUUAA